CAUAGCUUUAUAAACACCCCUUCUCCGCGAAACCCUAGUCUCCAUCGGCUUAAAAUCAGAUUAUCAUCCACUGAGUGGCCGAUCGUUGCCUUCCAGCGCCGUCGACUAGAUUUCUCAAGAUGUAUACGGCCUUGAAAAAGAUCCACAAGGAUAAGGAUGCUGAAGCUUCCGAGUUCGAGGAGACUGUUGCGCAGGCACUCUUUGAUUUGGAAAACACCAAUUCGGAGCUGAAAAGUGACCUUAAGGAUUUGUACAUUAAUUCAGCGCUUCAAGUUGAUGUUUCUGGAAACAGGAAGGCCGUUGUUAUCUAUGUUCCCUUUAGAUUGAGGAAGGCUUUUCGCAAGAUUCAGUUGAGGCUUGUUCGUGAGUUAGAAAAGAAGUUCAGCGGGAAGGAUGUGAUUCUGGUGGCUAACCGAAGAAUCUUGAGACCCCCAAAGAAAGGCUCAGCAGUUCAAAGGCCACGCACCCGAACUCUUACUUCCGUGCACGAAGCAAUGCUAGAAGAUAUUGUUUUGCCUGCAGAGAUUGUGGGGAAACGAACCAGAUACAGGGUUGAUGGUUCAAAAAUCAUGAAGGUUUUCUUGGACCCAAAGGAGAGGAACAACACUGAGUACAAGUUGGAGAGCUUUGCCGCAGUUUACAGGAAGCUUUCUGGGAAAGAUGUUGCGUUUGAGUUCCCGAUAACCGAGGCCUAAUAAUAACCUUCAUGCAAUGUGAUACCGUUUUAGAUGCAUUUAGUUAAAAGUCAUUCAAAUUUUUGAUGUUGAGAACGUUGAGUGAUGGUCUUAGAUUCUGUUUUUAUAUGAUUUUUGAUUUGCCAAA